AUGGCUUCCCUUACAUCCAAACGAAAGUCUCGCGACGACGACGCGUACCCUGUCGAUGAAGCUAGAACGCCUACCGGUAGUCCUCCUAAGAAGAGACUCCGAGUAACCCGAAACCAAAAACAGGCACUUAUCGAUAAUCUGCAGCUAGAGGCUAUUUCGGUUAAUCCUGCCAUGCGGAAGGCUUCUGCUGCAAGCCCGAGUCCGCGCAGGACGAAGAGACAGAGUCACGAAGGUCUCUACUCCGAUAAGGAAAAUGCCCCUGCGACAGGGGAACAGCUUGAUGUACUCAAGAACCCAAAGAGACGCGCUAAACCCGGCGCUGCUGCCGGUACUUCGCGGGUGGUCUCCCAAGAAGUUAGAGGGGCAGACUUCAGAAUUCUUUCUCCAAAAUCAUCAAACUCUAGGACAUAUCCACAAUCACCGCUUCGCGCAUCCCCCGAGAAAUCUCAGAAUUCCUCUUACCUCUCACGGCCGAUGCCAUCGCUAAAGCCUUCUAGUCCACUCAAGGCUGCGCCAACUAGCCUGGCCGGAUCCCUGGAAAGCGCGCGCCUUCGUACCACGAAAGGCACACCGUCUGUAGCAACAGCAAACAGACCCGCUUCGCAAGCAUCCAAGAGGCCAGCAAGUAGGGCCACUACGGCAUCUAAGACGACGACACGGUCGCCCUUGCCACGACCCGCUACCCGUCAGCUUGAGCGCAGAGGUAGUGUCUCGUCCUCCACGUCAUCUGGCACAACUGUCACCAAGCCGACGCGGACAGGUGCAAACGCAAGGAAGGUGACAGCCGCAUCAACAGCUAGCUCCACAGCUAAAAAGGCUGUCGCAAAUAGCCAAACGACUUCCGCAACUGCCAAACGUAACGCCGCGUCGGCUACCAGGAAGACCGCCGCUCCCGCAGGAGGUGAAGCUCCGACAACGGGACGGAGGGUCCUCCGCAAACGCGCUUAA